AUGAUUUCUCUUUUGCGCCGUCUGACCCUGGCAGCCGCCUUUCACAUUUCGGUCUCUUCCACCGCCAGUGCUUCCAGCGAUGGCACGAAAUAUAUGGUCGUGUUUGGAGAUUCGUACUCUAGCACAGGUUUCUGGAUUACAUCGGGAUAUCCCUCGGCAAGCAACCCCAUGGGCAACGGCGGCUAUACGACCAGCGGUGGACUGAAUUGGGCUGGCGUCGUAACAGAACAACUCAACACCUCGCUACUUCUCACCUACGACUUCGCCGUAUACGGCGCUACCGUCGAUACUUCGCUCGUUCGAGGCAACACGCCCGAUGUCAAGCAACAAGUAGGGUACUUCAAUCAGUACUUGGCGGGAAAGCCCAAUUACGCGCCUUGGACAUCUGAUAAUCUUCUCGUCGCAAUAUGGAUUGGCAUCAAUGAUCUAGGCAAUCCGUUCUGGGACGGCAUUACUCCGCCGAUAGACAAGGUAUUGGAUAAGUACUUCGAAUUGGUGCAGAAUUUGACGGACUCUGGCGUGAGGCAAUUCGCAUUCCUCACCGUACCGCCGUUUCAGAAUGCGCCGAGUUUCCUGCAGUCGGACACUACAAAGCUGGUAAACAGCAUCUCUUCGUGGAACUCUGCUCUGAAGACGAGAACGACCACAUUUACCAGCGCCAAUACUGGUGUGACAGCACAGGUUGUAGAAACCGAGAAGUCCUUCAUUACGGCGUUGGAGAGCCCAUCGAAAUAUGGUGCAAAGGAUGCGAAGUGCUCAAACGCAGAUGGCACCACAUGCUUGUGGUACGACGGAUAUCAUGCCGGAAAAGCUAUUCACAAAUUAGCUGCCCAAGCCUUCGUGAAUGCACUCAAGGGGUCGUUCUUCUAG